UUAUAAAUUAAGAUAAUGAUAAUAUCUCGGAGCCGAAGUUUAUAUAACUCUGUGCGCUCAAUAGCGAUACACUUUCACCCCGCCGCAAACAUUCAAAGCGCAAUCGUUUCGAAAUCGAUCAAUGCCAUUGCCAGUCGAGGCAGUUGUGUUGCCGGAUUUGCUAGUGCUACUUCGUCAGCGAAAACAAGGAAAAUGGCUGAUAAAUUAACUCAGGAGGACCGUGAUACACAACUUAGUUCAUUGCUAAAAGCAGGAUGGAAGGUACAAAGCAACAGGGAUGCUAUUGAAAAGGAAUUCCAGUUCAAAGACUUUAAUGAAGCCUUCGCAUUCAUGACCAGAGUUGCUCUGCUCGCUGAGAAAAUGGAUCAUCAUCCUGAGUGGUUUAAUGUAUACAACAAAGUGCAGGUAACACUUUCAUCUCAUGAUGUAAACGGGCUCAGUAAAAGAGAUAUUAAGAUGGCAACAUUCAUGGAUAAAAUUAAAAACUAAUGUGAUGCUUAGGGAAUCUUCCAGAAAAAAGUAAAUAAAACUUAUAUGUAUAGUAGACGUGAACCAAGUGGAGACCACUUAAUAUAUCACUGUUAUUAAUAUUUAUUGUUUAAUAAGCCAAGUAUAUUUGUAUAAUUGUUUUUAAGAAAUAAAACAAAUUUUGUGAUUAUUGA